GGGAUGGCCGACACGGAUAUUGCGUUGUCCAUGCGGGACUACAUCAGAUCUUUGGAUCACAAUUCUCUACCACGGAUCCUACAGGUCUGCUCGGGUGUUUAUUUUCAAGGGUCUAUUUAUGAGAUUUCGGGAUGUGAGGUGUGCCUUUCAACAGGGGACUUCGUGAAGAUAAUUGGUUUAGAGCUCCUGUCUGUCAGCUGUGAGGACAUCAGCACUAAUACCACAUUUGAAUUGCCUCUUAACCAUUCAGGUUUAUUCAAGCUAAUUCCAGAUGAUGUACCCUAUAAUACAAUUGAAGAAAUUGUGGGUUUAACACCUGUUGGAGUGGACUCAUUCGGCUCCUUCAGUUUCACCAGUAUAAACGAUCUGACUUUCGAUAACUUAACUUGGGCAGCUGGGAGGCCUAUUACACUUUUAUCAGUAGAGGAAACUGAAACAGGAGAAAGACAAGCUCGUUGCCAACUGACGGGCCAACAUGGUGCUCCUGCUGAAGUUCGCAUCCCUCUGUUGCACCACGGAGAGUUCUAUGAGUGUGAGAGUGAAUACGGCUACACUCUACAGGAAAUCCUCUCUUCACCAAGGCUCAGCGCGCGACGCUUCCGCAAAAAGUUGUCUACAAAAUGUGGUGGACCACUGGUCUUCGCCCCAGUGUAUCAAAUCCAGGCCAUCAUGCAUAUGAGGAAGAACAUAGUUAAGUUCCCCUCCAGUUUGGAAGUAGAUGUGACUGAUGUGACAGAGGAAUCCCAACACCUGACGUUUGUCACUCCGCUGACGUUGGCCGAGGUGGUGGCUCAGCCAGCAGAUGCCUUUCCCACGAUGGCAGAGAUUCUGGAGGGUCCUGAGGCCAAGUGUUUCUUCAGUUGCAGCUGGUUUUCACAAUUGCAAAAGGGCUGUCGUUUAGUGUUGCAUAAGGCAGGGGAGUCGACCUUUGUGCUUGUCACCACCUUGAAAGGGAGGAAAGCCCAGCAGUAUUUCCUCGUAUCCAAAAAUUACGGCGGGCGCUUGCGGAGGAGGCCGAGGGAGUUUAGCUCAGCGUAUGAACUUUACUUGGCAUUCAUGCGUCAUCCAGGCCUGCGGGUGAACGUGACACAGCAUUGUGAAGCGAUUGAUGAAGAAGGCAUACCGGCACUCAGUGUUGGUGAGCAGCUUGAAGUGAUGCAUCUCAAGAAAAUGGAGUUAUCUGGUGACAGCAAAAAGGAGGGACAAACGGUGGAAGUCCUCGUCUGCAAGCGCGUUACUGAAGACGACGAUGAUGACGACGAUGACGAUGACAAUGACGAUGUAGAAGAGGCACAGGAGGAAGAGAGUGAAGAGGUCUGCUUACCUUUGUUUAUGGGGGCCCAUUUUGUAGAGAAGCUUUCCGACAAAAAGAAAUAUCGUAUGACAGACUUAAUCCAGAGCCACUCCUUACCCUUGGAUGUUAAAGUGGUGACAAGAGAUGGAGAUAUUGAAAAAGAUGCCCUGGUGGCACUCCCGGCCCUUAAGUUAGAGGAGACAGUAGCAGAGCCCAUGGUACUGGCCAGUUUGCCUGAUAAACCAGGGCAGUGCUUUGAGAUGCCAGUCAAGUGGCUGCAAAUGUCCGUCUCGUUAACGUCGGAUCCUUUACCCUGGCAAGGAAGCAAGCCGCCAAAGCUUCAACUGCAGGCCGUCACCGAAGUAACAGAUCAUUUCUACUUUGAAUUUCACAAGCUCUCAUGCACAAACGAUGCUCCUCCACCCCGGCCACCCAAGAGGAGCACGUCUGUGCAAAAACCACAGAAACAGUCCAAAGCAGAAAGCCUUUCAGUCUCCACAAAUCAGCUGAAAGGCCUGACACUAGAUGAGAAGCCCAAGAGGCCCAAGAAAAACCCUGCACCACCUCCAUUACCACCAUAUAAUGAUUUCACCGAGAAGCCACCUCCUCUGCUUCCUAGAAAGCACCACUCAGCAUCAGACAGUACUGCAAAGAGCAACACCUACGUGCAGACCCCACGAAGGCAAGAGAAAAAAGGUUCUCAUACAGAAAUACAAAGCUCAGAUAGUGAGCAUGAUUACGAGUCUUUGGAUGAAUCGGUGAAAAAUGCUCAUGAGAACAUCAUGUUCUACUGA